GCGAACGCGUCGAAGUAUCAUAGCAACGGGCCAAAGCGACCAACGCGGUUGUGAAGUUGCGUCAUUCUGCGUUGCAUGUUGGGAAAGGACGUUAUCUUAAGCGGAAUUCCCACCCCCCUCUUGCACGUCUUUUCCUGCCCGUUGGGCAUCUAAUUUACCUCCAUAUAUGCACAUUAAAAGAUUACAUUGUGAAGAUCCUGCAGUAUGACAAGUAAAAAGAAAACAUCAACUGGGACUAAAACAUCAGACAAAGAAAUGAAGAAUCAAAAUGACUUAUGCCCAGAUGGUAGAGAGAGAUUUAGUCACCAAAAUCACCUGAAAAAAUCUACCCACAAAGGAGAAAAGCUGUACUCCUGUUCACAGUGUGGGAAGAGCUUUACUACUACUUUUAACCUCCGAAGACACCAGAGCAUUCACAUAGUACAGAAGCAAUACCUGUGCUCACAGUGUGGGAAGAGUUUUACAGUUACUGAUGAACUCCAAAAACAUCAGCGCAUUCACACAGAAGAAAAGCCAUAUCCCUGCUCACAGUGUGGAAAGCGUUUCAGUCACCAGCCAAGUCUUAAAAUCCACCAGCGCAUUCACGCAGGAGAGAAGCUCUUCGCCUGCUCACAGUGUGGAAAGAGUUUUACUACUACUUUUAACCUCCAAAGACACCAGCGUGUUCACACAGGUGAGAAGCCGUACCCCUGCUUGCAGUGUGGGAGGAGGUUUACGACUGCUCGUAAUGUCCUAAGACACCAGCUUAUACACACAGGAGAAAAGCCGUACUCCUGCCCGCAGUGUGGGAAGAGUUUUGGCCAACAGUCGAAUCUUAAAAUUCACCAGCGCAUUCACACAGGGGAGAAGCCAUAUCAGUGUUCACAGUGUGGGAAGAGUUUUACUGUUGCUGGUGAUCUCCGAAAACACCAGCGCAUCCACACAGGAGAGAAGCCGUACCUCUGCUCACAGUGUGGGAAGAGUUUUACUGUUGCUGGUGAACUCAGAAAACACCAGCGCAUUCACACAGGAGAGAAGCCGUACACCUGCUCACAGUGUGGCAAGAGUUUUACUUUUGCUGGUGACCUCCGUAAACACCAGCGGAUUCACACUGGACAAAAACCAUAUCCCUGCUUACAGUGUGAGAAGAUUUUUAGUCAAGAACAGCUCCUUAAAAUGCAUCAACGCACCCACACAGGAGAAAAACCAUAUCACUGUUUACAGUGUGGAAAAAGUUUUAGUCGAAAAGGUCACCUUAAAAUACAUCAGCGCAUUCACACAGGAGAAAAGCCGUACUCCUGCUCAGAGUGUGGAAAGAGUUUUACUGUUGCUGGUGAUCUCCGAAAACACCAGCGCAUUCACACAGGAGAGAAGCCGUACUCCUGCUCAGAGUGUGGAAAGAGUUUUACUGUUGCUGGUUCUCUCAGAAAACACCAGCGCAUUCACACAGGAGAGAAGCCACAUCACUGUUUGCUGUGUGGGAAGAGUUUUAGUCGCAUUGGUUACCUUACAACACAUCAGCGCAUUCACACAGGAGAAAAACCGUAUCACUGCUUACAAUGUGGGAAGAGUUUUAGUCGCAAAGAUCACCUUGAUAUACAUCAGCACAUUCACACAGGAGAAAAACCGUACCACUGUUUACAGUGUGGAAAGAGUUUUAGUCGAAAUCAUAAACUUAAGAGGCACCAGCGCAUUCACACAGGACAGAAGCAGUCCUCCUGCUCACCAUGUGGAAUGAGUUUCAGUACUGCUGGUUAUCCCUGAAAACACACCGUCACUCCCACCAUAGUGUGACCCCACAUUAGAGGGACAGAAACAAAAGCAAUUCCACCCAUCCUAGUUUACAGAAGUGACUGGCAAAUCGUUAUGAAAGUGCAAAUUAAUUAGAACACCAUGGUGACUGAAAUUACUUGGGCAACUGAUCCUGUCCAAUUGACCUCUGGGCUGCAGAUUCUUUUAGGUCAAUCGUCAAGCCUCUUGUCAGGGGCAGAUUAGUGAUUGAGGUAAGAUUAGUGAUCUAGCUGACUUACAAAACAUGAGCAAAAGAUAUCAUUGUCAGGUGCUCUCUUCUUUAUCCAUAAAUUUUACCAAUGCUGAAAGCUAGCUGUCAUGUCCUUUGUCUAAACAGUUACGCAGUGUGUACGCUUCUCUGUCUAGCCAUGUCUAAACCAGAAAGUCAAAUAAUUAAUAUAACUUUUAAUUUAUUUUUAUAAUUUUAAAUGACUUGGCUUAUAACAUUUUAUUUAAACACAGCAAAUAAUUUGAACAUUUUCUUUAUUAUUAAGGUAUAUUCUGAUAAAAAAAGAAAAACAGAUUCCAAUAAGAGGAGGUGCUGUUGUACUAAGUGUAAUGCUCUGUAUCCCUAAUAGAGGAAAGCCUCUUGUCCAAUCAGAUUACAAGGACAGUGUUUGUAGGAUGCAGUAUCUCCAUCCUACCUGACUUCAGAUACUGUAGGCCAGUGGUCCCCAACCCCCGACCAAAUGGCACCGGGCCAUACAAUAAAUAAUUAAAUAUUUUUAUGUAUUAUCCAAGUAUGAACGAUAUUUUAUUUUGAAAACCUUGUAUUUAAAAAAAUGACUGGAUUAUUCUCUCUGUUACGUCUUGUGCGCCAUUAGGAGUAGAGCUCGGGGACCAGUGCUGUAGGCCACCACAGGUCAACUGAAAAUUCUUAGGAAAAUUAAGCAAAGAACGGUCUAAACUAUUCGUAUUACUGUUUGCAGUUGAACUUUUACACUACUUUUAUGCGCAUGUGUUUUAACUACAUACUUACCAGCCCUGGUAAGUUAAAGAAAUGUGAUGAUGAAUGAAUGUAAUGUCAUGUGUGCACUCAUUUAAAGUUGUUUUAAAAUGUUUAUAUACAAAAUAUAUUAGUCAAAUAAUAAACAAAGGAUCCAGAA